AAUGUGAUAUCGGAGUAAUAAGAUAUAGACGUUUUAAAUCUGACAGGCCAAACUAAAUAGUGAAUUCGGCCCAACCCAAUUCUAAUUCGGGUCAGGCCCAAUACCCACAAAAUUAAAUCUGAUUUUUGUAACUAUUCCUUCAUACAAAGAUCAACAUAAUUCUGGAAAUUUCCAAAGAGAGAGAGAAAGGGAGUUCUUGAGAAAAAUCCCAAAUCCGACCAAAAUUAAGUCCCGAAAUCCGAAGCUCAUGAAGAGAAAAUUGUUGUACGUCGCGUUGGCUUCAAUUUGAGCUAGAAAUCAACCAAUAAGGAGAAGAUUUUAUGUGGUGCUGCAAAUUUAAGGUUGAGACAAUAUUGGACAACAUAUACGUAUAAACGCUAAAGGUACAGAUACUUAUUUUGGAGAGCCGCCACCUUAGGAUUCUACUCAACGGGUUGAAGUGCUCCAUUGUCUCGGAGCCUAAACUUUUGCGAUGCCUCCAAGAAAAGCGACAGCUGCCCAAAAGGGAAAGUCAGUAGUAGGAGAGACUAGUCGGACCCCGAGGAUUACUAGGGCCCGUGCCCAGUCUAUGCCUGAGGUUGUGCUCCAGUCGGCGAGCUCUACUACACCGCCAUAUGAGGAGAGAGAAGCAGCAACUGACACUAUGGAUCGGGGGGUUGCUUCACCGCCAGCUCCAGAGGCUCCAGUACCUGAGCCUCCAGCUCUUCAGCCAGGGGCAGAGGACAGGGCUAUGAGAGAUGCAGUUCAGUUGCUGACCAGAAUAGCGACAGGGCAGGCUCGCAGGCAUGGGUUAGGGGUUGACUAUGCUGAUAGACAUGAUAGUUUAAGGGCUCGUGAUUUCUUGACUUGUAAUCCUCCAGAGUUCUAUGGGUCAAGGUCCGGGGAUGACCCGCAGGAGUUUAUCCGACAGGUGCAGCGUACGUUGAGAAUAAUUAAGGCUUCUGAGACAGAGUCUGUUGAGUUAGCUUCCUAUCGGCUGCGUGAUGUAGCUGUUAAUUGGUAUGAGUCAUGGGAGUUAUCUAGGGGCGAGGGUGCUCCUCCAGCGGUGUGGGGUGAAUUUGUGGAGGCCUUCCUUGGCCACUUUCUACCUCCAGAGAUGAGACGAGCCAGAGUAGACAGGUUUUUACAAUUGAGGCAGAAUGGCAGGAGCAUCAGAGAUUAUAGCCUUGAGUUUGACUCGUUGGCGAGACAUGCACCAGCUAUUGUAGCUGACAUGGCUGAUAGAGUGCAUCGGUAUGUGAUGGGGCUGGAUCGUUAUUUGAUUGAUAGCUGUAUGGCAAUGGCUUCUCAGCCAGGUAUGGACAUUGCUCGGGUACAGGCAUAUGCACAAGGGGUAGAAGAUCGGCACAGAGGGCGUCAGCCCGAUAGAGAUCAUGAUAGAGGCCAGCGUAAAAGAGCUAGAUCGGCUAGUUAUUCUGGGGAAUUUCAAGGCGGGCAGCCUCAGCAGUACAGUAGAUAUCCUUCUCAGCCAUCCCGGAGUGCACCCCCACAAUUCAAAGGUAGUAGAUUCGAUAGCACAGGGUAUUCAGGAUCCGGUCAAAGCUCCAGGGUUUCAAGUUCACAGAUAAACAGGGGUUCGCGUCAGUCGAGACCACCUUUGCCUCGGUGUCCUCGUUGUGGUAGGUCACAUUUUGGAGAAUGUCGUUUUUCUACAGGGUAUUCAGAUAACAGCAGGCCGUGGUAG